GCAGCGGCGGCAGCAGCAGCAGCAGCGGCGGCAGCGGCAGCAGCAGCAGCAGCAGAAGAAGAAGAAACAGUAAAAGCAGCCGUAACAGCAGCAUUAGCAUCAAAAGCAGAGGAAACAACGUUAGAAGUAGCGGUAGUGGCAGCAACGGUAUCGAAAGUAUUGGCGGAGGUAUUCGCGUGAUCAAGGCCGUCACGGCGAUCGACAGGAAAAGGGACACAAGGAGGGUCGGCAGAUCGGCAAUCGACGUGCUGCACGAAGCGCAUUUAUCCGUCCGAUCGUACGUAACGGCGUCGUCGAAUCGCAUCGACGACGGCGCGACGCGUUCCGAAUCGACGCCCAGGUACCGGCCUCUAGCCGGCAAGUCGUGCGGUUCUCAGCUCCGGUCUCGUCCUCGCCAGCCGCAGCCGCAGCCACCGCAGCCGCAGCCACUGUAUUACCCCCCCGCAUCGUGGGACACGCGCACAUUACACUUCAGAAACUGUUAGCACCGAUCAAAAGAAGGUGGCUCAGCUGUGUGCAGCUUAGACAAUGUCCGAAGAUUCUGACUCUGUAUCAGAGGAAGAAAGAUUUUUGUUCCGUCCGUUCACGCGGGAGUCCCUGGCAGCGAUCGAGGCUCGCAUUGCCGAAGAACAUGCCAAGCAGAAGGAGCUCGAGAAGAAGAGAGCGCAGAGCGAGGGAGGUUUUGGACGGAAGAAAAAGAAAAAAGAAGUACGGUAUGACGACGAGGACGAGGACGAGGGUCCUCAGCCGGAUCCGUUGCUCGAGCAAGGAGCACCGAUCCCGGUCCGACUGCACAACGAAUUUCCACCCGAGCUGGCCUCCACACCUCUCGAGGAUAUCGAUAGUUUCUAUCAUAACCAAACGACCUUCGUCGUCAUCAGCAAGGGAAAGGACAUAUUCAGGUUCUCAGCGACAGACGCGAUGUGGAUCCUCGACCCGUUCAACCCGAUACGACGCGUGGCCAUUUACAUAUUGGUUCACCCACUGUUCUCCCUCUUCAUUAUCACUACAAUAUUGGUUAACUGCAUACUCAUGAUCAUGCCCACUACGCCCACCAUCGAGUCUACGGAAGUGAUAUUUACGGGCAUCUACACAUUUGAGUCCGCCGUUAAGGUGAUGGCGAGGGGUUUCAUUCUGCAGCCUUUUACCUAUCUUAGAGAUGCAUGGAAUUGGCUCGACUUCGUAGUUAUAGCUUUAGCUUAUGUGACGAUGGGCAUAGAUCUAGGCAACCUUGCCGCUCUCAGGACAUUUCGAGUCCUCCGAGCCUUGAAGACUGUCGCUAUUGUACCAGGUCUGAAAACCAUUGUCGGCGCUGUGAUAGAAUCCGUGAAGAACCUGCGCGAUGUGAUAAUCCUGACGAUGUUCUCUCUUUCCGUCUUUGCGCUGAUGGGCCUCCAGAUUUACAUGGGGGUUCUCACGCAAAAGUGUAUAAAAAACUUUCCUGAGGACGGCUCCUGGGGUAAUCUCUCCGCCGAAAACUGGGAGCGAUUCGUUAGUAACGAAACUAAUUGGUACGUGGACGAGGCGAAAAAUAUGCCCUUGUGUGGAAAUUCAUCUGGAGCAGGGCAGUGCCUUCCUGGCUACACGUGUUUACAAGGAUACGGCGACAAUCCGAAUUACGGUUACACGAGUUUCGACACCUUCGGCUGGGCCUUACUCUCUGCUUUUCGUCUGAUGACACAAGACUACUGGGAAAAUUUGUAUCAGCUGGUGCUAAGAUCGGCCGGGCCGUGGCACAUGCUGUUCUUCAUCGUGAUCAUUUUUCUUGGAUCGUUCUAUCUCGUGAACUUGAUUCUCGCUAUUGUCGCGAUGUCGUACGACGAAUUGCAAAAGAAAGCCGAGGAAGAGGAAGCCGCCCAAGAGGAAGCCACGAGGGAAGCCGAAAGCAAGGCUCAGGCGAGAGAGAACAAGGCGAUUGCGAAGGAGGCUGCUGCGAGGGAGGCGGCAGCGCAGGCAGCAGCAGCCGCCCACGCCGCGGACCAGAUCGUCAAAUCGCCCUCGAAUUUCUCGUGUCAGAGCUACGAGUUGUUCGUCGGCCAGGAGAGAGGGAACGACGACAACAACAAGGAGAUACAGUCGGACAGGGUGACGCAGAUCAACAACCACACGACUACCACUAAAGUACGAAAAGUCAGCGCCGUCUCUCGCGCCGCUAAUGGCCAGUUUACUUAUGCCUACCAGGAAAGCCCGCGGAAGGUACGUGUGUCACGGCCGUGUCUGUCAGCGGCGAGCGCGAGCCUUAGUCUACCUGGCUCACCAUUCAAUAUCCGUCGGAGCAGUCGCGGUAGCCAUCAGUUCGCGAUUAGAAACGGACGCGGCCGUUUUGUCACGCCGCCCGGCGGCGACCGGAAGCCGUUGGUCCUCUCGACCUACCUGGACGCGCAGGAACACCUGCCGUUCGCGGACGACUCGAACGCGGUCACGCCGAUGUCCGAGGAGAACGGUAUCAUCGUGGUGUCCGGUUACUAUGCGAAUCUUGGCUCUAGGCACUCGUCGUACACGUCGCACACGUCCCGGUUCUCGUACACGUCCCACGGCGACCUGUUCGGCGGCCUCGCCAAUGCCGGCAAACCGAUGACCAAGGAGAGCCAGCUGAGGACCAGAUCCGUCAGACCACCCUCGGUGAAUGGACAUUUCACGGAUUCGAAUCAGAAGUACCAUUAUGAGAGUGAUCUGGACGAUCCCAUGGGCAAGCCAAAGCAACAAGACAAUCCGUUUAUAGGGCCUUCUCAACAACACGCUGUGGUCGAUAUGAAAGAUGUGAUGGUACUGAACGAUAUUAUAGAGCAAGCCGCGGGUCGUCAAAGCCGUACUCCCGAGCAAGGAGCUUCGAUCUAUCGCUUUCCGACAGACGACGAUGAAGAGGGGCCCACGUUUAAGGACAAACUGUUGGCCGCGGUGCUGCGCUGCAUCGAUAUCUUUUGCGUCUGGGACUGCUGCUGGUUGUGGCUUGAAUUUCAAAAAUACGUGUCUCUUUUGGUGUUCGAUCCAUUCGUAGAGCUUUUCAUCACCCUUUGUAUCGUCGUCAACACACUCUUCAUGGCACUGGAUCAUCACGACAUGGACAAGGACAUGGAACGGGUGCUCAAGACCGGAAAUUACUUCUUCACUGCGACAUUCGGUAUCGAAGCAACACUGAAGCUAAUCGCAAUGAGUCCCAAGUCAUACUUUCAAGAAGGAUGGAAUAUUUUCGAUUUUAUCAUCGUCGCUCUCUCACUGCUGGAGUUAGGCUUAGAAGGUGUGCAAGGUCUUUCCGUGUUACGAUCGUUCAGAUUACUAAGAGUGUUCAAACUAGCGAAAUCGUGGCCUACGUUGAAUCUGCUAAUCUCCAUCAUGGGCAGAACAGUGGGCGCGUUGGGUAAUCUGACGUUCGUGUUGUGCAUCAUCAUUUUCAUAUUCGCCGUGAUGGGUAUGCAACUGUUCGGCAAGAAUUACACGGACAACGUGGAUCGAUUUCCGGACGGCGAUCUACCGAGGUGGAAUUUCACCGAUUUCAUGCACUCUUUCAUGAUCGUUUUUCGCGUGUUGUGCGGAGAAUGGAUCGAGUCCAUGUGGGACUGCAUGCUUGUGGGCGAUGUCUCUUGCAUACCAUUCUUCCUGGCCACGGUCGUCAUCGGUAAUUUGGUUGUGCUGAAUCUCUUCUUGGCCUUGUUGCUGAGCAACUUCGGCUCGUCGAAUCUUUCGGCGCCGACCGCGGACAACGAAACGAACAAGAUCGCAGAGGCGAUCAAACGAAUAUCACGUUUCGUUAAUUGGGUCAAGCGAAACGUCUUAUUUCUGGCUAAAAUGAUGCGAGCCAAAUUCACCAAUCAGAUAUCCGAUCAGGCGCCAGGUGAGGGACCGUCCAACAGUUGGAAAGAAGAUGGAAUUGAUCGCGACGGGGACCUAGAUAAAAAGAGUGCCAAGGAGCUAAACCAACUCGAGGUUGCGAUCGGAGAUGGAAUGGAAUUCACAAUUCACGGAGAUGUAGAGAACAAGUUGAGCGGCAGACUGUGCAUGAACAACAGCAAAAUUAUAGGCAACUCGAUAAACCACCGAGACUACAGGCUGGACCACGAUUACAUUAAUCAGAACGAGGAUGACACGAUCAGUAUCAAGUCGUACGGCAGCCACAAGAACAUGGCGUUCAAAGAUGAAAGUCACAAGAGCAGCAUGGAUUCGUUCGACGGCGAAGAAAAGAAGGACGCUAGCAAGGAAGAUCUCGACCAAGACGAUGAACUUGGGAAAGAUGGGGACGAGGACGUUUUAGACGACGUAAUUAUCCACGCGGACGAGGACCCAAUCGAGUCCGACACUCCAGCUGAUUGUUGCCCGGAGAAUUGUUACAAAAAGUUUCCAUUUUUGGCCGGCGACGACGACGCACCGUUCUGGCAGGGUUGGGCCAACUUGAGACUGAAGACCUACCAACUAAUCGAGAACAAGUAUUUUGAGACUGCCGUCAUUUUGAUGAUUCUUUUGAGUAGUUUGGCUCUCGCCUUGGAAGAUGUGCAUCUUUCAUCACGACCCAUUCUGCAAGAUAUCUUGUAUUACAUGGACCGAAUCUUCACUGUGAUUUUCUUCCUCGAAAUGUUAAUUAAAUGGUUGGCUCUCGGCUUCAAAAAGUACUUCACGAACGCUUGGUGCUGGCUUGAUUUCGUCAUUGUCAUGGUGUCACUCAUUAACUUCGUAGCGUCGCUCUGUGGCGCUGGCGGGAUCCAAGCCUUCAAAACAAUGAGGACCCUAAGGGCCCUAAGGCCACUCAGGGCGAUGUCUAGAAUGCAGGGAAUGCGGGUAGUCGUCAACGCCUUGGUUCAAGCCAUUCCAUCCAUUUUCAACGUGUUACUGGUGUGUCUUAUCUUCUGGCUGAUCUUCGCCAUUAUGGGUGUACAACUUUUCGCCGGCAAAUAUUACAAGUGUGUAGACGUAAAUAAAACAACGUUGAGCUUCGAGAUCAUUCCCGAUCGAAAUGCCUGUAUAGCCGAGAACUACACUUGGGAAAAUUCUCCGAUGAACUUCGAUCAUGUGGGAAAAGCGUACCUGUGCUUGUUUCAAGUGGCCACGUUCAAGGGAUGGAUUCAAAUCAUGAACGACGCUAUCGAUUCUAGGGAGCUCAACAAACAACCAAUCCGUGAAACGAACAUCUACAUGUAUUUCUAUUUUGUAUUCUUCAUUAUAUUCGGAUCGUUUUUUACCCUUAAUCUAUUCAUUGGAGUUAUCAUCGACAACUUUAACGAGCAGAAGAAAAAAGCCGGAGGGUCUCUUGAGAUGUUCAUGACGGAAGACCAGAAGAAAUAUUACAACGCCAUGAAGAAAAUGGGCAGCAAAAAGCCACUGAAAGCUAUUCCACGCCCGAGAUGGAGACCGCAAGCGAUAGUGUUUGAAAUAGUGACGGACAAAAAAUUCGAUAUGAUAAUCAUGUUGUUUAUCGGAUUGAACAUGUUGACGAUGACGUUGGACCAUUAUCAACAGACCCAGACUUUCAGCGAUGUUCUAGACUAUCUGAACAUGAUAUUCAUUGUGAUAUUCACCAGCGAGUGUCUCAUGAAGAUCUUCGCACUGCGUUACCACUAUUUCAAGGAGCCGUGGAACCUCUUUGAUUUUGUUGUUGUUAUAUUGUCAAUAUUAGGUCUGGUACUCAGCGACAUCAUCGAGAAAUACUUUGUGUCGCCAACGUUGCUUCGUGUAGUAAGAGUGGCGAAAGUCGGUCGUGUGCUUCGACUCGUGAAAGGUGCUAAGGGUAUUCGAACACUUCUCUUCGCCCUAGCGAUGUCGUUACCAGCCCUCUUCAACAUUUGCCUAUUACUAUUUUUGGUGAUGUUUAUCUUCGCGAUCUUCGGAAUGUCUUUCUUCAUGCACGUCAAGGAUAAGAGUGGGCUGGACGAUGUGUACAAUUUUAAAACGUUUGGACAGUCGAUGAUAUUGCUAUUCCAGAUGUCGACGUCUGCCGGUUGGGACGGCGUGCUCGAUGGUAUAAUAAACGAGGAGGACUGCCAAGAGCCAAACAACGAGAUAGGCUAUCCUGGCAAUUGUGGCUCGUCGACGAUUGGUAUCGCUUAUCUUCUCUCGUACCUGGUGAUUAGCUUUCUGAUCGUGAUCAACAUGUACAUCGCGGUGAUCCUCGAGAACUACUCGCAGGCGACCGAAGACGUGCAGGAGGGUCUGACGGACGACGACUACGAUAUGUAUUACGAGAUCUGGCAGCAGUUCGACCCGGACGGCACCCAGUACAUCAGAUACGACCAGUUGUCAGACUUCCUGGACGUGCUAGAGCCGCCAUUGCAGAUACACAAACCAAACAAAUAUAAGAUCGUGUCCAUGGACAUACCGAUCUGUAAAGGCGAUCUGAUGUUCUGCGUGGACAUCCUGGACGCGCUGACAAAAGACUUUUUCGCGCGUAAGGGUAAUCCGAUCGAAGAGACCGGCGAUAUCGAGGUGCAGACACGUCCAGGCGAGACCGGUUACGAGCCGGUCAGCUCGACCCUCUGGCGUCAGCGGGAGGAGUAUUGCGCGCGUUUGAUACAGAACGCUUGGCGAAAGCACAAACAGCAACGUCUCGGCGGACCGAGCGAAGAGAGCGACGACGCGGACACGGAUCCGCCCGUCAGGCAGACGGCGGUGCACGUCGAAAGCGACGGAUUCGUGACGACGGUGGUGAUACACGGCCGCUCGCCGAGCGUCACAUCGAGGACCGCGGACGUCUGAUCGGCGACGUUGACGUCUCCAGCACCGCCACCGUCGUAGCCAACAGCGUCGUAGCCACCGCGUCGCCGAGCCGCUCGGUCGCUCUUAUCGAGCACGAGCUUCUAGACGCCGAGACAGCCGUUCGACGAAACGACGAUGACGACGACAACAACAAUGACGACAACAACAACAGACCGCGACGACCACGACGACGCACGCAUCGCUCUCGGGGAGCAGCGGCCUCACGGACCUCUCUCGCGCGCGCGCUCUCCAUCGACAGCCUUAUAGUUGUAUAAACAAACAAACAAAGAAAAAAAAAAAUAAUACUACAUUCCUCCAA